CGGCGGCGGCACUCGGGCGACCCUGCGAGAAGCGGCGCGCGGGCAGCAGAAGAAAAAAGCAGCAGCAGCAGCUCCAGCCAUGUCGGUGGUGGGGCUGGAUGUGGGCUCCCAGAGCUGCUACAUCGCAGUGGCUCGGGCUGGGGGAAUCGAGACUAUCGCCAACGAGUUCAGCGACCGGUGCACCCCAUCAGUAAUAUCAUUUGGAUCAAAAAACAGAACCAUUGGAGUAGCAGCUAAAAAUCAGCAAAUCACUCAUGCGAACAACACAGUAUCUAACUUCAAGAGAUUUCAUGGCCGAGCAUUUAAUGACCCUUUUGUUCAGAAAGAAAAAGAAAAUUUGAGUUUCGACUUGGUUCCCAUGAAAAAUGGAGGUGUUGGAAUAAAGGUAAUAUACAUGGAUGAAGAACAUUACUUUAGUGUGGAACAAAUAACUGCAAUGCUGUUAACCAAGUUAAAGGAAACUGCUGAGAAUAACCUCAAAAAACCAGUAACAGAUUGUGUUAUUUCAGUGCCAUCAUUUUUCACAGAUGCUGAAAGAAGGUCUGUAUUGGAUGCUGCUCAGAUCGUUGGCUUAAACUGCCUAAGACUAAUGAAUGAUAUGACAGCAGUUGCUUUGAAUUAUGGAAUUUAUAAACAAGAUCUUCCAGGCCCAGAAGAAAAACCACGAAUUGUGGUCUUUGUUGAUAUGGGACACUCGGCUUUCCAAGUAUCUGCCUGUGCUUUCAACAAGGGUAAACUGAAGGUUCUUGGAACAGCUUUUGAUCCUUUCUUGGGAGGAAGAAAUUUUGAUGAAAAAUUAGUGGAGUACUUCUGUGCAGAAAUUAAAACUAAAUACAAAUUGGAUGCCAAAUCUAAAAUUCGAGCCCUCCUACGUCUGUAUCAGGAAUGUGAGAAACUGAAAAAGCUGAUGAGCUCUAAUAGCAUGGACCUCCCACUGAAUAUUGAAUGCUUUAUGAAUGACAUAGAUAUUUCUGGGAAGAUGAACAGAUCUCAGUUUGAAGAGUUAUGUGCUGAUCUCCUGCAAAAGAUAGACAAGCCCCUGACCUCAUUAAUGGAACAAACUGAACUCCAAGUAGAAGAUGUAAGUGCUGUGGAGAUUGUUGGAGGCACCACAAGAAUCCCUGCAGUGAAAGAGAAGAUUGCCAAAUUCUUUGGGAAAGACGUCAGCACCACUCUGAACGCCGAUGAAGCUGUAGCCAGAGGGUGUGCCCUACAGUGUGCCAUCCUCUCCCCAGCAUUUAAAGUACGAGAGUUUUCAGUUACAGAUGCGGUUCCUUUCCCAAUCUCCUUAGUCUGGAACAAUGACUCAGAAGAUGCUGAAGGUGUUCAUGAAGUGUUCAGCAGGAACCAUGCUGCUCCUUUCUCCAAAGUUCUCACCUUUUAUAGGAAAGGUCCCUUUGAGUUAGAAGCCUUUUACUCUGAUCCUGAAGGCUUUCCAUACCCAGAAGCAAAAAUUGGCCGCUUUGUAGUCCAGAAUGUUUCAGCUCAGAGAGAUGGAGAGAAGUCUAAAGUCAAAGUCAAAGUACGUGUCAACACUCAUGGCAUUUUUACAAUAUCUACUGCAUCAAUGGUAGAGAAAAUCCCAACAGAAGAAAGUGAGGGUUCCUCCAUUGAAACAGAUAUGGAGCAUCAGAGCCGACCUCCACCUGAAAAUGCAGAUGUUGAUAAAAAUAUCCAGCAAGACAACAGUGACGCUGGAACACAGCCCCAGGUACAAACUGAUGGUCAACAAACUCCACAGUGUCCCCCUUCACCUGACCUUCCCUCUGAAGAAAACAAAAUCCCUGAUGCUGACAAAGCAAAUGAAAAGAAAGUAGAUCAGCCUCCAGAAGCUAAAAAACCUAAAAUAAAGGUGGUGAAUGUCGAGCUUCCCAUUGAAGCAAACUUGGUCUGGCAAUUGGGAAAAGACCUUCUCAACAUGUAUAUUGAAACAGAAGGCAAGAUGAUCAUGCAAGACAAGCUCGAGAAAGAGAGGAAUGACGCCAAAAACGCGGUAGAAGAAUAUGUCUAUGAAUUCAGGGAUAAGCUGUCUGGGCCGUAUGAACAGUUCAUAUGUGAACAGGAUCAUCAAAAUUUCCUGAAACUCUUGACAGAGACUGAAGACUGGCUGUAUGAGGAGGGAGAGGACCAAGCCAAACAAGCAUAUGUUGACAAGUUGGACCAGUUGAUGAAAUUAGGCACUCCAAUUAAGAUUAGGUUUCAAGAAGCUGAGGAACGACCAAGAAUGUUUGAAGAAUUAGGACGAAGGCUGCAACACUAUGCAAAAAUAGCAGGCGACUACAGGAAUAAAGAUGAGAAAUAUAUCCACAUUGAUGAAUCAGAAAUGAAGAAAGUUGAAAAGUCUGUCAAUGAAACGAUGGAGUGGAUGAAUAAUGUCAUGAAUGCUCAGGCUAAAAGAAGUCUUGAUCAGGACCCAGUUGUACGUGGCAAUGAAAUAAAAAUGAAGAUAGAGGAAUUAAUCCAUACUUGUGAACCAGUUGUAACACAACCAAAACCAAAAGUAGAAUCUCCCAAGCAGGAAAAAACAUUGAAUGGCCCCAAUGUGGAUAAGAAUGAAGGUUUUGAAGUGAAAAAUAACAUGAAUGCUGAAGGCCUGCAUCAGAAUGGAGACUGUCAUCCCAGUGACAACAGCACCAUUCACAUGGAUUUGGACUAAAUCACUUUAAGUUAAGCAGGGUCACUACCAACAAAUGAUGAAAAUAUUUUUUGCCGUAGUAUGUAAUUCUAAAAGACAUACUGAGACUUAUUUAUAUUUUCUUUUUUAAGAAUGUUUAGAAAUUUUUUGUGUAUUAAUGGAAAAAUGCAAAGCUUAAGUCUGUAGUCAUUAUGAUCCUAAAAGGGAAAAUUGCCUUGGUAACUUUCAGAUUCCUGUGGAAUUGUGAAUUCAUACUAAGCUUCUGUGCAGUAUUAACCAUUUGCAUCAGUAAGGAUGAAAUUGAUUUUGUCUUCUGGAAAAAAAAUGUACUGCUCAUUCAAGAGGGUUGUGACUAAAAAUCUUUAAGCAUUUGUUUCUGCCAAGGUAGUUUUCUUGCAUCUUACCCUCCAUUUCCGCAUGUGUGUGUGUGUGUGUGUGUGUGUGUGUGUGUGUAAAUAUGAUUAAAUAUGACCUCAUAAGGGCUUUCCAAAAUUGUCUAAUAGGGUAGAACUUUUUUCUUCAUUAUUAUUAUUUAUAUGUCAUUGGGUAAAACAAAAGAUAGUGAAAUGUAUUAGUAGCAUGCAGAACAAAAACUUAAAAUUUAUCUCUUGCUAAACAGUACAUUGUCCUGUGGAGAUUUACCAAUGGAGGAAAUGUUGAUCCUGUUGUAACUGGUAUUGUGAAGCAUUUAAUGAGCUUUAAUAAUAAAGUUCAUACAAUGGUGUCAUUUCUAAA